CCGAGAAUGGACUCGUCGAGCACACGCAUGUCCUUAUAUUUAUGCAAUCCUCAUAAGUAUCUAUGCUGCCCCUCGCGCGCUGCAUCAUUUCGAAUAUUCAUCCACCACCACCGCCUAUUCUCUUCAGCAAAAACGCACUUGGCGUCCGCACAGACUCCAAUAACUCCCGUCCCGCGCACCGUCACCAUGCCGGUAUCGACUGCUACUACCACGCUCAGUGCCAUUGAGCAGUCCAAACGAUUAGCAGCAUACACUGCCGUGGACAAACACAUUCUCCCAGAACAUAAGGUUAUCGGAAUAGGAUCUGGAUCUACUGUGCCCUAUGUUGUGGAGCGAAUCGUCGCACAGGGGCGUGAGCUCAACAAGGAUCGCGUGUUCAUUCCGACUGGAUUCCAGUCGAAGGAGCUCAUCGUCAUGUCGAACCUCAACUUAGGCGAUAUUGAUCAAUUUCCUACCAUCGAUGUCACUAUAGAUGGUGCUGACGAAGUUGACCUUGACCUCAAUUGUAUCAAAGGCGGAGGAGCCUGCCAGUUACGGGAAAAGGUGCUCGCUGAGGCUGCAAAUACGUUUAUCGUGGUAGCCGACUAUCGCAAAAACGCGGAGUGCCUCGGGACGAACUUCACUCCUGGUGUUCCAAUCGAAGUCACGCCAUUCGCAUAUGGCCAGGUUUUGCGUAAAUUACAAAAUGUUCUGGGUUCCCCUAACGCUACCCUGCGCAUGGCAAAGGCUAAGGCCGGUCCUGUGGUGACAGACAAUAGCAAUUUCGUCAUCGACGCGCCGUUCCCUAGAGAGACGAUGAUGAACCCUUCUACUAUUUUGGCAAAGAUCAAGAUGCUCACAGGUGUUGUGGAAGUUGGUUUGUUCUGCGAUAUGACUCAGGCCGCGUACUUUGGUAACGAGGAUGGCAGCGUGACUGUGAAGAGAAAGGUCGGGUCCAGGGUUGUCGAAGAAUCAAUCCUUCCUUCAUGACGACGGGAUGCAAUACACGAUUUUCAAUUGCAAGAUAUAGGGAUCAUGGAUCUUGUGUACGAGAUUUAUUUAGGAAUGGAUACGUGGAGCGUGUUUAAAGUAUAGACGGAUUUAUCUUACACGAAGUCUCUAACUAUGAACCCAUAAACAGAACGAACCAUAGCGUGAUUUACAUUUUUUCUGCUGCUGCUGCUUUCAGGCACACACCAAUACCUGCAAUAUACGCAUAGAGGCCCGCAACCCUUUCUAUGGAUUGCAGUUGACGUUGAAAGUUAGAUCUGAAUGGGAA